CUUGAAAAAAAUCCCCAUCUCCUUAAAAAAAUAAUCCCAAUAUUUCCUUCAAAAAUUACGAAUCUUUUGUCGUAAUUUACUCUUGGUUUCUUUCGAUUCGCAUUUUGGGUUUACUUUUUCCUCUGAUCGGUUCUCUCACCCACUAUUUUUGUAAAAUCAGUAGUUUACCAAAUUUUAUUUGAUCAUGUCGAUUGUGCUUGUUUAACGAAGGAUGCAGUGGGGUUUUUUUAUUGCCUGGAGAUGAUGGAUAACAAUGGAGAAUCAGUGGAUGAUCAAGGCUCGGGAUGGUUUGAAGUGAAAAAGAAGAACAGAAGCAGUUCAAAGUUUUCCGUGCAAAGUUGGGGUGGGGGAUUUUCAGCCAAAAAUGGAAAUAACUUGAUGAGAGGUCAACAGUUGUUAAACAACAAGAAGGGUGGAGCUAUGCAAGGAAAAGAUAGAUCUCUGCCUCAGUCAUCUGCAGGGAAUUCAGAUGUAAAUAGCCAGGGUGGUCUUGCAAAGUCAACUGCUGCGUCAAAUGAAGAUGAAAAGAAUGCAUGUUAUCUUGAUAAAUGUGUUGUUAGGCAAGAUUGUGAAGGCUUCCCUUCCCCCUCUUCUUUAGUCAAAAAUACUAAUGGCAGCUGCACAAAUAACCCAAAAGUUCUAUCAAAAGAUAAACCCCAUGCAGUUCACAAAAUCAAGUGGGGAGAUUUAGAAGACAAUGUGCUGGUAGCACACCAUGUAAACAAUGUCAGAGCCGAAAUCAAGUUUAGUGAUUUAGGAGAUGAUAAUGUGCCAGGUUGUUCGAAGAAUGGGAACACUAGUAAUUCAAUUUCAUGCAUUAACCCCCAAGAAAACACAGUAGAAACAUCCAUGGAUGAAGACGGUCAUUCUUGUAUGGUAUCUCCAUUGACUCCCAAGGGUGAAAUAAUGGAAGAAACAUGUAAAGAGAUAAAUGAAAUAUCUUCAGAAGUUUUGGAACCGGAGAUUGAUAAUGAAAAAAUAAUUUCUGCGGAUGAUGGGUUCGAGGAAAUACAUAGCAGACUCAUCAAAACAAUAGAGAAUAAUCAAGUAGAUUGUAGCUUUCUAUCUCCUCAAGCCUCUGGAACAGUGGUUACACCUGAUGUGCCUGAUGUCUCGUUGGAUGUUGGGAAGCCAAAAACAUCUGAAGAACCUAUUUUAGACGGUGAUUCUAGCAUUGAGAUGGUUUCACUAGAUGCAGUUCCCCUUCCCCCUGAGAACAGUGGACCGGAAACUUUGAGAGUGUCAGUUACAGAUUGUAUAGAAGAUGGUAGAAAACCUGAUAUGUCAAAAGCUCAACUUAUAACUUCCCUCGGAGAACGUGAUGCAGGAGAAAGCAAAGAAAGGUUUAGGGAAAGGCUUUGGUGUUUCCUUUUUGAGAAUCUUAAUAGGGCAGUGGAUGAACUUUAUCUUCUUUGUGAACUUGAAUGUGAUGUGGAGCAGAUGAAAGAGGCCAUCCUUGUUCUUGAAGAGGCUGCUUCUGACUUCAAAGAAUUAAGUGCAAGAGUUCAAGAGUUUGAGGAUGUGAAGAAGUCCUCUUUUCAACUGGUUGAUGAUUUACCAAUUACUUUAAAAAGUGACCACAGAAGACCGCAUGCGCUCUCCUGGGAGGUUCGUAGAAUGACAACUUCACCUCACCGAGCGGAGAUGCUGUCUUCAUCCCUAGAGGCUUUUAAAAAAAUUCAACAAGAGCGAGCUACCCAUCUAUCAAGUAUCAGUAUGAAAUCCCUGGGCCAGAACAAUUCCAAUUUUGCUUCAACAUCUGGUGAUAAUUUGAAGAAGUCAGGUACGCUGUCUGAUGUAACAUCCAGUAAUAAAGAGCUGGGGAUAAAGUCAAGAAAACUCCGUGGAGGUUCCGAUUCUACUCAAUGGAACCUAUAUGGAGAGAAACGAAGCAUUGAAUCAGGCAAGUAUGGCAAAUUAAACUCUGUUCAAAAUGGUCGUGACCCGCCAAAGAACUAUAUCUCUUCUGAUGUUGCUUCAUCUAGGUUAUUUCCUAAGGACAAUCCUACUGCAUCUGUUGCUGGAAAGAGUAGGAGAGAAUAUCUCGGGUCUGAAACUGAUAAGCUCCUUUCCACGAAAGAUAAAACAUUAACAGAAAAUAUUGUUGAAAAAAAAUCUAGAAGUUUGGAUCAGAUUAAGAGGCAAAUUCCUCCUGAAAAAGACAAGGAUAAGAGAUAUGCUACUUCAUGGAAACCCAUGGAUGCAUGGAAGGAGAAGAGGAACUGGGAAGACAUACUUGCAUCUCCUUUCCGUGUUUCUUCACGGGUAUCAUACUCACCUGGAAUUGGCAAGAAAAGUGCUGAACGUUUGCGUACUUUGCAUGACAAGCUAAUGACCCCCGAGAAGAAGAAGAAAACUCCUGUGGAUUUAAAGAAGGAAGCAGAGGAAAAACAUGCACGGGCAAUGAGGAUCAGAAGUGAAUUGGAGAAUGAAAGAGUUCAAAAACUUCAGCGUACUUCAGAGAAACUCAUUCGAGUCAAUGAAUGGCAGGCUGUUCGGACUAUGAAGUUACGAGAGGGAAUGUAUUCCCGUCAGCAACGUAGUGAAUCACGACAUGAAGCUUUUCUUGCUGAAGUUGUGAGGAGAGCUGGUGAUGAAAGCAGCAAAGUUAAUGAGGUUCGUUUUAUUACUUCAUUAAAUGAAGAAAAUAAAAAGCUUAUGUUACGCCAAAAACUGCAAGAUUCAGAGUUGAGAAGAGCUGAAAAACUUCAAGUGAUGAAAAGUAAGCAGAAAGAAGAUAUGGCUAGAGAGGAAGCUGUUUUAGAACGCAGAAAGCUCAUUGAAGCUGAAAAGUUACAACGUCUUGCUGAGAUACAGAAGAAAAAGGAGGAGGCUCAACUGAGAAGGGAAGAAGAACGGAAAGCAUCAAGUGCAGCCAGAGAGGCUAGAGCCGUAGAGCAGCUUCGCAGGAGAGAGGAAAGAGCUAAAGCUCAGCAAGAGGAAGCUGAACUUCUAGCACAGAAAUUAGCUGAAAAACUAAGUGAGAGUGAGCAACGUCGUAAAUAUUACCUUGAACAAAUACGGGAGAGAGCUUCAAUGGAUUUUAGGGAUCAGUCUUCACCCUUAAUGCGUCGAUCCAUUAAUAAGGAAAGCCAGGGCAGAUAUACACCAACAAAUGGUGUUGAGGAUUGUCAAGCAAAUGACAGUGCUAUUUUAGGAAACUCUGCACUUGCAACAGGCAAUAGUGCUUUGCAACACUCAUUGAAGCGAAGGAUUAAAAGAAUUCGGCAAAGAAUUAUGGCUCUGAAGUUUGAAAUUUCUGAACCUCCUGCUCCUGAAAAUACUGGUAUUGGAUAUAGAACAGCAGUGGGAACUGCAAGAGCGAAAAUUGGGAGGUGGCUUCAGGAACUUCAGAAACUUCGUCAAGCAAGAAAAGAAGGAGCCUCAAGUAUAGGAUUAAUUACUGCAGAAAUGAUCAAGUUUCUGGAGGGAAAGGAACCUGAGCUACAUGCUUCUCGCCAAGCUGGUCUGCUUGAUUUUAUUGCUUCGGCCCUGCCGGCUUCACAUACAUCAAAACCUGAAGCUUGUCAGGUGACAAUACAUCUUUUAAAACUUCUGAGGGUGGUGUUAUCGACUCCUGUGAACCAGAGUUAUUUUCUUGCUCAGAAUCUUUUACCUCCUAUGAUUCCCAUGCUGGCAGCGGCACUUGAGAACUAUAUAAAGAUUGCUGCGUCCUUAAAUCUCCCUGGAAACAGCAACUCGCUCUCAUGCAAAACUUCUCUUGAAAAUUUUGAAUCGGUGUCCGAAGUACUGGAUGGUUUUUUAUGGACUGUCUCCUCAAUUAUUGGUCAUAUAAGAUCUGAUAAAUGCCAACUCCAAAUGCGGGAUGGCUUGCUUGAGUUAUUAGUUGCCUAUCAAGUUAUUCACCGGUUCCGGGAUCUUUUUGCUCUGUAUGAUAGGCCUCAGGUUGAAGGGUCCCCAUUCCCUUCAUCUAUUCUAUUGAGUAUCCAUCUACUCGUGGUUUUGACAUCCUUUCCUGGAAAGAGUUGCAUCAAUUGGGAAUCUUUACCUAUUGAAAUGGAAAUGGGUAGCGAAAGUCAAGAUACUAAGAUUGCAGCAUCAGUGGAUUCUAAAUGUUCCUUUGGAAAUAGAAACCCUGGAGACAAUACUCCUCAAUUAUGUGCGCCAAGUGGUAGCAUAAUGGCACUACUAUCUGAUGUACCAGAGGAUAGACCAUUAGAUGAACCGUGCAGAAUAAAUAAGAAUGAUAGUUCAGUCGAGUUGAACAAUCUCAGCAUUUCCAAGGUAGAUGUUACAGAUGCAUCACAGAAAACACCAGUUGAGCAAAAGGAAGAGAAAGCCAUCAUAAUUGCCAGGGAGGAGAAAUUGAAUGAAAAGAUAUCAAGCGUGAAACAGCCAGUGGCAUUCCUUCUUUCCGCUAUAUCCGAAACUGGAUUAGUCAGUCUUCCUUCCCUGUUGACAAGUGUGCUACUUCAAGCAAACAAUAAGAUACCUGCUGAGCAGGCAUCAAAUGCCCUUCCAUCUAAUUUUGAAGAGGUGGCAACCGGAGUACUGAAGGUUAUGAAUAAUUUGGCACUAUUGGAUAUUACAUUUAUACAAAGAAUGCUGGCAAGGCCGGACCUGAAAAUGGAGUUCUUCCACCUGAUGAGUUUCCUUCUUUCUUAUUGCACGAGCAAAUGGAAAGCAGCUAAUGAUCAGAUUGGUUUACUUCUACUUGAAUCUCUGCUGCUUCUUGGUUAUUUUGCCUUGUUCCACGCCGGGAAUCAAGCUGUUCUUCGAUGGGGUAAAAGUCCCACAAUCCUUCACAAGGUGUGUGAUCUGCCUUUCGUGUUCUUCAGUGACCCGGAAUUGAUGCCGGUCUUGGCAGGGACGCUUCUUGCGGCCUGUUAUGGCUGUGAACAGAACAAGGAUGUAGUUCAGCAGGAACUAAGUAUGGAUAUGCUACUGUCCUUGCUAAGUUCUUGCAGAAAUAUCUUGCCAGCCGUCAGAUCAUUCAAUUCAAACCCGGAAGUUCUAUUAGCAGACGAUUCAAAUGAGUGUAACCACCAGGGUUCUGAUUUGAGAAGAUCUCAGGGAGAUAUUCCCCUAAAAUCCGGCCGAUACAACAGCAAAAACACAAGGAUCUCCGGUGGAAAGGGCAGCAGUGUCGGAAAUGGCACGAAAUUCGGCAAGAUGAGAAACCAAAGAGAGAGCAGAUCAACAAAAACUUGUGAAGAAACAACUAUUAGACAUAACAGUAACCUUCCAGUUUUGGGGAGUUCACUUAUGUUAUACUCUAGAUUCUCGAGCAGCUUCAUCAACAGAGCUGAGCAGUUCUUUUCGGCUGGGAUCGCCGAUGACAGAACUCUGAGUUAACUAACACGAAACCGAACUCAUCAUAUUUGACAUUUACAGGCAUUUGCCAUCUUAAAUUCAGUGGUCAGUCAUAAACCCUAAAUAACUGCUACAUUUUAUGGAGAUUUUAUUCAUGA